GGUUGAUCUGUCGGACAUGACUUGGCACACGGUAGCUGGAUGCCGGAGAUCGGCCUGGCCCAGACAUAGCAGGAGAUCGGCGAACAGCCUGGCUGCCUGGAGGCAAGAAGAUCUACAGGAGCCAUGGUUGGUGCUGAGGAAAUUUGUUUCUGAGGCGGAGAGAUUGCUUCUUUUAGAGUCUGCAGUGACGCAGAUGGUGAAGGGAAAGCUGCUGCCGAAUCCGGCAGGGCCCCGCCGCUUCUUUCGGCGCUUGGACACAACUGGCGGAGUAGACUCCCUGAUUGAGGCUCUGACACAACGUCUUGAACUAGCUGUAGCUGAGCUUAAAGGGAGGCCCAGAGAUGAAACGCUUGGCCGGGUCUUCUCUUACAUUGAUCCGGGAGGCUUUAUUCACGAACAUCGUGACAAGUACACCUCAGGCCCAAUGGCACUUGCACAUCUACGAGCGAAUAUUGUGGUGCAAAUGAACCAGUCGGGCCGUCCAAUCAUAGCCGGAAAGACUGUCCCAGUCGAAGAAGGCGAUGUCUGGAUCUUCUUCGCCUCCCAUGAGCUGCAUGCGACGGCUCCGGUUCAGGGCCUCAAACCCCGCAUUGUGUUCGGCUUUGGAUGGAGUGUCCCUACAGGCUUCAUACUUCGUGCCGCAGGGGAAGAAGAAAAAGGACAAAGCGCAGCCAAUCAAUAAGGUAUUCGGUGAGCAAACCUUGGGUAGCCCCUCUAGAUCCUUUAAGGAUGGCAAAAUGGCCAUUGUUAGUCCGCUGCAUGACAAGCUGCGGGAUGUAC